AUGUUGUUAAACAGACACAGACAUAAACGAAUAGAUCGCAGAGUGCGCACGGUAUGGGUAAGGAAUUGGAUAGGUAGAAGAUCUCAGUUUGAUUUUUAUGAACAGCUGUUGGAUGAAAUGAGAUGUGAAGACACCGUUUCUUUCAAAAACUUUUUGAGAGUUGAUCCAACCAUGCUUCAGGAAAUUGUAAAUAGAUUAACACCAAGGUUACAAAAGAAAGACACGUGGUACCGGUACCGAAAGGCAUUGCCAGUUGGUCUUCAAGUAGCAAUAACCCUUCGAUAUCUAGCCACAGGAGACAGUUAUCAUUCACUUAUGUAUUUAUUUAGAGUGCCGCACAACACGAUAUCCAAUCUUGUAGUACAAGUCUGUGAAGCAAUUAUUUUCGAGUAUGCUGAAGAUGUUAUCAACACACCUACAGAAGAAGCUGAAUGGCUAGCCAUUUCGCAAGAAUUUAGUGAUAUGUGUCAGUUUCAUCAUGUGCUAGGUGCACUAGAUGGGAAACACGUUGCUAUCAAAUGUCCGGCUGGUGGUGAUUCUAAAUACUAUAAUUAUAAAGGAUUCCAUUCUAUAGUUCUAAUGGGCUUAGUAGACGCUAAUUAUAAAUUCAAAUGGGUUAACGUUGGCGCACCAGGUGCUUGCUCUGAUGCACAAAUUUGGAAUCAGUCAGACUUAAAAAAUCAUAUAAUUGAUGAGAAUAUGCACAUACCAAAAGCAGAGCCUCUUCCGAAUGAUGACAAAGACAUUCCGUACUUCAUCGUUGGUGACGACGCGUUCGCCCUCAGAAGUUGGCUAAUGAAGCCCUUUUCUAGGAGGAACAUGACCCUUGAAGAGAGAGUUUUUAACUACAGGCUAUCGCGAUCACGAAGAGUUGUUGAAAACGCAUUUGGGAUACUUGCAAAUCGAUUUCAAUGCUUACUUUCAACUUUAAAGCAAGAGCCUAACAAUGUCGUAUCCAUUAUUCUGGCCUGUGUUUGUCUGCACAAUAUAAUGAGGAUAAGAUAUCCAGGUGAUCAGAACAUUUUGUUAGACAGAGAAGACGAGAACCACCAUCUUUUACCUGGAGCUUGGCGAGACAAAACAAACCUGAAGGACAUUGAUGAUGUGCAAGAUCGCAACUAUCCUAGCAAGGCAGCAAAACAACAAAGACUGUAUCUUAAACACUAUUAUUCGUCACCUGCAGGAAAAGUUUCAUGGCAAGAACGAAUGGUUCAAUAA